CGCUGGGCAGACAAGGAUCCCCCAGACUGCACUAUCAAAGUAAAAUAAAACCAAAACGUAAUAGGUGGAUAUGUAUGAAACCUUCUUGCUUGUUUUUCAUUGACAAAUGCGCUGCCGUUUGCCACAGCCAAAGAGCUGGAUGUUUGGAUGAAGUCAAACAGCUACCACGUUACGGAUUUAUUUUCUCCCACACGCAGACCCGGAAGCAGAAAUACAGACUUGGGCUUUGUUUUGUUUUGUUAGUAUCUGGACUGGAGUUGGAGGGGAAGCGACAACGUGUGCAUGGUCGGGGAGUUAUACCUUGGGAAUGGAAGAUGAACACAUUUCUCUCAAUGUUUACAAGUGUACAAUGCCUAGUUUUGUCAGCAGUUAUGACGAAGAGACAGUCUGCAAUCCAUCAGAAGUGUUUGAUAAAGUUGAGACAUCAGGCACAGAUUUGAUUCAAGAUGCCUGGGAAACAAAGAUCCGAGCACAAGACGGGGCAUCGGAGACGCACAAACACAGACCUGAGAGAACGAGUUGUAAAGAAAAUGUUGAAGGAUACAGUUUCAGAAAACCGACUGCAGUGGAUAUUUUGAGGAAUUUCGGGACGACGAGAUCCCCCCCGAAUUCCAAUUACAAUUCAGCAGAUGACCAAAAAGAGCCAGAGGAUGCCGUGGUAGAAAUUGUUUUAAAUGAACGAAUUAAUUAUGUGGACCUUGAAAAGUCAAGUGGUAGUGAAACGAAGGGUGGAGAAGAGCAAAUCGCAGAUCACACAGAGGGAUUAACGUCAUCCGAUUUGGAUGAAGUCGAUGUAACAGAUUCUGACGAAAUUUGUGAAAGUAGCAGGGCUGACGACGAUGUCGUACAGUUGAAGGAACAUGUUUACUGUACGGUAUACUGUAUUGCAAACGAUAACUACAGGAAACCGGCUGACAAUGCCGGAGAACACCAAUAUAAUGGGGCGAUAACUCCGUCAACAUCAAACGUCGCCACAGAGCCAUCCACGGAUUUGCAGCAGCAGAGCGAUUUGGAACUAGGCCACCCCUCUGUCCCGGAGCCAUACACCCUAUCGAACCUGAUUGAUCCUAGAACUCUGAACAACUUUUACAACGGGGAUUACAAUGUAUCAAUUGUCUUGACCUGUCGCAUCUGUCUGGACGACAAGCACAUAAAGCCGCUACAUUGUUGCAAGAAGGCUGUCUGCGAGGAAUGCCUGAAGAGAUACAUCAGUUCACAGGUCAGGGUGGGCAGAGCGGACAUCGUGUGCCCCAUCACGGAGUGCAGUGGUUACCUGGAGGAGAGCCUGGUGGUGUCCCACCUGGGCAGCGAGGAAGUGGCUAAAUACAAGUACUUCCUGGAGUUGAGCCGGGUCGACUCCAGCACCAAACCCUGUCCCCAGUGCAGCCAGUUCACCUCGCUGAAAGGACGCACCCCCAGCAAGGCAGACCACAAAUACAAGAUCCAGUGCACCAAGUGUCAGUUUGUGUGGUGUUUCAAGUGCCAAGCCCCAUGGCACGACGGUUUGAAGUGCCGGGACUACAGGAAGGGGGACAAGCUGCUGCGUCACUGGGCCAGCGUCAUCGAGCACGGCCAGAGGAAUGCCCAGAAGUGCCCCCGCUGCAAAAUCCACAUCCAGAGGACGGAGGGCUGCGAUCACAUGAACUGCACCCAGUGCAGCACCAACUUCUGCUACCGCUGUGGGGAGAAGUACCGCCACCUGCGAUUCUUCGGGGAUCACACGUCCAACCUCAGCGUGUUCGGCUGCAAGUACCGCUACCUUCCUGAGAAGCCCCACCUCCGCCGGCUGGUCCGGGGGUCCGUGUGUGUAAGUAAAGUGGUGGUGGCCCCUGUUGUCGUAGUCUUGGUGAUGGUGGUUGGAGCCUUAUCCCUGGUCGUAGGCCUCGUGGCCUUCCCUAUCUACUACAUCUGUAAGAAGAGACGGAAGCGCACCCAGGGGACAGGCCGCUGGCUCUGAGCUGAGGACCAUGACAGUGUGGUCAGGACCCUGCUCCAGAGGCGUGGCCCAGCGAGGGGACACAGGGUUGGGGGAGGGGUCCUUCCAACACGCCCCACUAGUUUCUAGCCCCAGCCUGAGAAGAACCAUGCUUUAGAGUGGGCUCCUCUCUUUACUUUAUGUCCACCACAAAACUGUCUGUGGCUCCUCCUCCAGCCUGUGGAUCUGAAGGCUCACAGAGCACACAGAGCAGUCUACUACUGUUCCCUCCCACUAGUGACCAGGAUUGCUGAGGAGAGGCCAACUGACAGGCAGGUACAGCCUCUGGUAUCAAGAAGCCACUCAAUUUCUUUUAGAAAAGUUUGAGGUUAUUUAUUGAAUGGUUUUUAGUACUGUUGUUUGGUUUUGUUUUUUUGUCUGGGCUCAUAUAGCAUGGAUAGUGAAACAAAAACACAUUGGAUAGAAUGAGAAAGAGUCCCUCAAGGUGUGUGGGUGAGUUUAUCACCAUUCUAUUGGUUACGCGUACAGUAGAAUGCCUUUUGCGGACCCUGAGAACCUGCAAAUAUCAGGGAUUGUAUUGUGGUGCAUACAUAGAUAGUUACAUCACAUCAAGCAAUUGAUUUCUCAUUGUUAAGGACCAAUCCCUAACUGUUUCCUGUAAGUGAGAUUCCGGCUCCAUUCAGCCGCUUCCGCCACUGCCAACCUCGGAGUGCUGUGCCCACACACACACACACACACACUGGUAUUUGCAUCGUCAACAAAAUGCAUUUAAGUCUUUUUCAUUGUAGAAAACAGUGGGGACAGCACUGUUUAAAUAACUGCUGUUUGAUGCCUAGUAAUCAUUUAUCAAUAAUCUCAUCCAUACUUGCAAAGUAGGGUUUUACCCUAUCUCUGUUUUACUAAGUGUUCUAUUGUCCUAAAUGAUCCAGACAAAUGUGGUCCAAUUUAACGAAUGGGAGAAGUCUGAGUGUUCACAGACAAUAACCGAAAAGUGCUUCAUGCAUUGGAUACAUUUUCUGCCUCCUUCAAUGGUCAAUAUCAGAUGUUUUCUGUGAGAAUAGAUCUAAAAACACACUUAAAACAUAUCUGUGGAGGACGGACCAAUGGACAGACAGACUGUAAGAACCGUAAAUGAUCCAGAAGUCAUGGUUUUGUUAUUUACCUUGAGGAGCCUAUUUAAGGAACUCACUUUCAAACUCACUAGAUUGCUUGCAACAACCACUUUCCCAUAGUCUUCCAUUAUUUAAAUCUAGUUAAAGUGUCGUACAUGCUAUUUGUAUAUGAAUGUGUCCAUGAACUUCAUACUAGUCAUGUCAGGGGUUUUUGUUCACAUCAAAUGUGUGUCUUGACAUCAUUAAUAAUUAACUAUCGUUCAUUCUCCAUUUUAAUAUAAAACACUGAUUACAAUAGGGAAUGGUAAUUAACCUAACACCAAGUCAAUUUGUGCACAACAUCAGCACAGGAAAAACAGUCGUGUUUGUAACACAGAUGACAAUCAAGUAUCUCUUAGACUUAAAAAAAAAAAGUGGCCUUUGAUGUAAGUACCCUUUUGAAAGCCACACAAUAGACCUGGAGCUGUGCCAGGGGAAUGGUGGAUUUUAUGAAUCUUAAAAGGAUGUAACUUGGCAACAUUGGGCCUGUCCAACAUUUUCCCCCCCUAUCCCCCCAAAUCCCCAACCUUCUCACUGUGGGCGCUGUAUAUAUCAGACAUUCAGCUCUGCAUUGAUUAUUAUUGUGUUAUUAAUGACACAGACUAUGAUGAUGAUGAUGAUGAUGAUGGAGAUCGAUGAAUGCUCGGUCACUACUUACCGUGUGGACUUCAGUUACCACAAUGUCAAAGGUCAUGGACAGAAUUUGAACUCUAUUAGGCUUUUGUAAUUAAUCUCAGGGAGCAUUCUGUUACCAUUCUCCACGGCUGUCUUUCCCUGCAUGCUCCUGUAGCUGCCACUGUACUAUGUGAUCAAAACAUGUCACACAUAUUGUUUGUUUUUACAUGGUUUUAAAGAUGUAUCUUACCUGACGCCAGAUAUAAUUUUGAAAAUUUUUCUCACCAAGUCAUCACCUGGAUAAUACAGUUGAAGUCGGAAGUUUACAUACACUUAGGCUGGAGUCAUUAAAACUCAUUUUUCAACCACUCCACAAAUUGCUAUACAAACUAUAGUUUUGGCAAGUUGGUUAGGACAUCUACAUC